AUGUCCAAGACUCCUGUGCCGUUUUCGCCUGAAAAUAUAAAGACCGUUGCCUCAUUGUAUAGACGGUCCUUAAGAACCGCUGCUGACUGGAUCAACAGACGUGAUUUCUACCGUGCAAAGGCAGCAGAGAUCAGGCUCCGCUUCGAGCAGAACCGCAACAUCUCGGACCCACAAGAGCUAAAGGUAAGUCACUCUAGAGUGUCAAUUCUAACGUUACAGGCUAUUAUUGACAAAACUGAGUUGAUGCUCAACAAAUUCAAGCACCCAGACCCAAUCAUCCCCCCUCAAAGACCAGGAGGUAUCAUGUACGACAGAAAUGCCCCUCCAAGAUACUCUUCAGGUCCUCCAGUGGACUUGCAAACAACAAAAUGCUACCUUUCAGAGGGCGGCCAUUUUUCGAACGAAUAUUAUGAACAUAUCUGCGACCAGAGACUACAUCAGCUUCAGGCUCAUAUAUACUACUUCAAAUUUGCUUUAGUCACCAGUAUUGUGGGAAUGUUGGCUGUCAUCUUACACUACAACCUGAAACAACAUCACAAGGAUAAUUCCCGUCAAGAUCCCCAACAUCUGCGUCCACAAACACUUCGACAAGCAAUGGUCAACAUGCUUCUAAAUGUAAGAAUAAGUGUCACAGAGGCAAUAAAGUUUGGUUACUGCGAAGAACAGGACAGAUAUUACAACGACGCCAUAAUAGAUCAAUACUACGAGGACGACUCGUAUCAACUUCAAUACUGUAUGGACGAGGUUACUGGCGAUUUGGUCAGAUUGGAGCCAGAGACUUUAUCUUCAACUACCGACCACCUAUUUGAUUCGCCUGAUAUUCUCACCAGCGCCACAGUGUCGGAUGAUUUAAGAGUUAUUGUCGAGAAGGUAGAAUCAGAUAAUCUUCAUGCCUACAUCUUCGAUAGGGAAAGCAUUGAAGAAAACACUGUGGCCCUUACCACCAAGUAUCUACUGAAAGAGCCUGUUGACAUUGACCAGUACCUUAGUGUAUGUUACGGUGAGUUUGAUGAUCAAGAAGAAGGGGCAGAUCAAGAAGAGGUCGAUUAUUUAGAACUGAAGCCCAAUCUCGAUGUCCUUACCUUAGAUUACCAUCUCACCGACCAGGAAUGCAAUAAGUUUGAGGAUAUCGAUAAUCUUAGAAAGCUCAUGUCUCUGGAAGAUGUGGGCGAGUCCAUUCGUCCGGCUAUUGUUGCACAUACUCCAUCUAUUUGCUAUCUUAUUCAGACUACGCCUAAUCCUCAGUUCAAACAACUAAUGUUCAAAUUUGUGAAAGACCUUAUCACUUAUGAAACCGACAAUUCAUUGGAUCUUGACCGCUUUGCACUGCUCAUAAACUGCAUCUUUGGUGCCACGAGAUUGGCGUCCGAGAAUCGAACUUAUAGCUGCGGUGUGAAAACGUUGUAUGCUACGCUGGGAGCUGUGGCAAUAGAAGAUUUCAUUGAAGGAUUUGAUUUUUGGUUUGAUAAAGACGCCCCAAAUUACGAGGUGGAGCUAGAACUGCUGAAGUUGGUUUUGCUCAAGAACCUACAAGCCCUUAGCUGCGACUCGUAUUUAUUUGAUGCUGUCUCUGAAAAGAUCAAACCGUUGCUUUCGCGGCUUCCAGAAAACUGGAAGGUUUCUGAAAUGAGACUUGUUUGGGACAUGAUCUGCUGCCAUGUGGGUAAUGAAAACAGUCUUCAGGGGCAGAUAUUUCUGAGAAAGCCUGCGGAGAACAAGCGCAAAUGCUCUGUUGCUCUUGAUCCCACUCCAAGUCCUACGAAGAAGUUUAAAGGAUUGAGAAGCUCAAAUCGAAACGAUUUUGCAUACGCGUGA